GUACAGUAUACUUGAAAAUGGCAGCCGCCUUUAGAAUUAAGCAUGCUUUUAGAUUAGGAAGACCUCUUUCAAGAUUAUUAAAUAGAAAUUUGCAGGAGAAAUUAGUUUAUUCACAAUGCCAACGAUUACCAGGUUUAUCAGUUAGUUACAAUUAUGUACGACAUUUGUCAUCUCAACCAGAGGUUCAAACUACAGAGUAUCAUAACAUUAUAAAAGACACAGAGAAAGCUAUAGGUGAGAGUGCCAAGCAUGAAUUUCAAUCUGAGACACAAAUGUUGCUACAAAUUGUCGCAAAGUCUUUAUAUUCAGAUAAGGAGGUAUUUGUACGUGAGCUGGUUUCAAACGCUAGUGAUGCAUUGGAGAAAUUAAGAUACCUAUGUCUAAGCGAUAACGAGGUUACACAAGUAGCUGGUGAUAGAAGCUUAGAGAUACAUAUUGGUACUGAUAAACAAAGUCGUACUUUAACAAUCCAAGAUACUGGUGUGGGAAUGACUAGAGAAGAAUUAAUAGCCAAUUUAGGAACUAUAGCUCGAUCUGGCUCUAAGGCAUUUCUAGAAAAACUGAAGGAAGAACAAAACUCUAGUGAUACAUCCAAAAUUAUUGGGCAGUUUGGAGUUGGAUUUUAUAGUGCCUUUAUGGUUGCUGAUAAAGUAGAAGUAUUUACAAAAUCUUUUGCAAGAGAUGCAGAAGGUCUUUGUUGGAUCUCAGAUGGAUCGGGUACAUUUGAGAUUUCAAAUGCAGACGGUGUACAGUCAGGCACAAAGAUUGUUAUACACUUAAAACCGGAUAGUCGAGAAUUCAGUGACGAAAAUACUAUCAAUCGCAUUAUCAACAAGUACAGUAAUUUUGUCGGUAGUCCUAUUUUUGUGAAUGGAAAGAGAACUAAUACGAUUCAGCCAUUAUGGAUGUUUGACCCAAAAGAUAUAACACCCUUGCAACAUGCGGAAUUUUAUCGAUUCAUAGGAAAUUGCAUUGAUUCACCAAGAUUUGUACUACACUAUUCGACGGAUGUGCCGUUGAGUAUCAAAGCUCUAUUAUAUUUCCCAGAAGAAAAGCCCGGAAUGUUCGAUUUGGCGAGGGACACUACCAGUGGAGUGUCGCUCUACAAUCGAAAGAUUCUGAUUAAAAGCAAAGCGGAGAAUAUUUUACCAAAAUGGUUACGUUUCAUUAAAGGCGUAGUAGAUUCGGAAGAUAUACCAUUAAAUUUAAGCCGUGAACUAUUACAAAAUAGCACAUUGAUUGGAAAAUUGCGAAACGUGUUGAUCGCACGUAUAUUAAAAUUCUUAAAUGAGCGAUCUACGAAGCAGCCAGAAGACUAUAAUGAAUUUUACAAAGCUUAUGGUUUAUUUUUAAAAGAGGGCAUUGUAACUAGUAAUGAUCAGUCUGAAAAGGAAGAUAUAGGCAAACUCCUGCGUUUUGAAUCGUCUGCUGCUGCCCCGGGAGAACUAGUCAGCCUGCCGCAAUAUUGCAGCCGUUUAGCGAAAGAUCAAAAGGAUAUAUAUUAUUUAUCAGCGCCAAGCCGGACUCUAGCCGAGCAGUCACCGUAUUAUGAAUCUUUGAAAAAACGAAAUAUUGAAGUUUUAUUCUGCUAUGAGCCAUAUGAUGAAUUAGUAUUAAUGCAUUUGAGACAGUAUAAAACUAACUUUUUGACAUCUGUGGAAAAAGAAAUGCGAGAUGAUACGGAAGCAAAUAAACCAGAAAAUUUAGGUAUUAUAAAUAAAGAUGAACUGGAUAAUCUUGUGAACUAUAUGAAGAAGAUUCUCGACAAAAAAGCAUACGAUGUUAAAAUGACGAAUCGUUUGGAGUCGCAUCCUUGCGUAGUAACCGUUCAGGAUAUGGCAAGCGCAAGACACUUUAUCCGCAUGCAGAGUCAUCAAAUGAAUGAAGAAAUGCGAUAUUCUAUGCUUCAACCGCGCUUUGAGAUAAACCCAAAUCAUCCUCUCAUCAAAAAGUUGUGCAAGCUAACAACUACAGAUACUGAAUUAGCUGAUCGUCUAAUACAACAGCUAUUUACCGGUGCUAUGGUCGGAGCUGGACUAAUUGAAGAUCCACGUAUAUUAUUGACUCCAAUGAACGAAUUACUUACUUUAGCAUUGCAAAAAUAUUAAGAAAAAAAAGGAUUGUAUCAAUAUUGUUCUAUGAUUUAGAAAUAAAAGGAUAUUCUUCUUUACUUUUUCUGCUUUCAAUCAUAGAAC